GCGAUCCAAUGCCAUCGUCGUCGUCGACAACCAGUGCAAGCAGCCUACCGGGCUACCGCGGCCGCUGCCGCUACAAGAGCGGUCGCUGCCCCAACGAGCGCACGCUCAAGUACAACGGCGAGCAGGUGCACUCGCUCUGCGAAGAGCACCGCAUUCGGCACAACCGCAACCAGCGCAAAGCCGACACCAAGCGCCGGAAAGACCGUGUGCACCGUCCCGUUGCAGCGAUUGAGCCGCGGUGGCCGGUGCUGCACGACGCGUCACCGGCCAAGAACGAGGUGUUGCCAACGGUUGCGACGUGGAUGACGGUGUCGGAAUGGACUUGGGAUGUCCUCAACGACGACGAGGCACUGCCACCGUGGAGCGACGAAGACAUUCAACUCCUCCUCGAGUGCGUCGUCGAUGCGCCGUCAAGCCCAUUCGAGAUGCUUUGAGCCAAACUCGCCCUUUGAUUUAUCCUCGCCAAUCGCCAAUAGUCUGUACCAUAGCAAUAAGAACUGCGGAAUACACGCUCGAUAUGCUACUAAGCUGA